UUUUCAGUUUCCCAGUUUUCGUCGUUAUGAAUUCAAGCAGUAAUUGAGGAGUUAAUUAAAUUCAAUUAUAUAUAAAUGCCAGCACUUGGUAAACUGAAAAGAAUUAAAAAGUCAACCGAGCAAGUGGAUUUAUGUUCUCUUGAAGACGGUGAAUUGAGAAAGUAAAGUGCUCUGUCUUUGUUAUGAUUUGGGGCUGUAAUCAUAAUUGAAAUGAUCACACAACGUACACACACACAGGAAGUACAUUAACUGUGAAGCAAUAACAGUAGAAGGCAUUAAGGGCGAAAGUGUUCGCCAAUAAUCGGAGCGCAAAAUCACUUAUUUUAUGGAUACACCAGUAACAACGAGUUGUGCAUAUUAAGGCUAUCGGUCGACCAAUGAAUAAUAAUUUUAAAUAUAGCGAUUUAAUUAUUGCAAAGAAAUCGCCUGGAAUGUAAUUUUAAAGGCUUCGCGAAUAUGCAAAUGCUAUCAGAGUUCAAAAAGUUCUCAAAGAAUUGAAAGAAGUCUGUGCGUGAUAGCUGUGUAUAGCCGCACAUAGUGAGCUUAACUCACUAAAAGAUAUGGCACAAUUUAGCUUUUACAAUAGCAAACAGCAUGGCAAUUCUGAAAUUGAGACGAAUGAUAUUAGUCGCAAUAGUAAUGAUCAUGUUCCCCUCUGCUCGAUUAAUGAUGUUCAAUUAAGAUUUUUGGUUCCCGAUGAUUUAUCAGAAGUACGAACGCUAUGCCAAGAUUGGUUUCCUAUAGAUUACCCUUUGUCGUGGUAUGAAGAUAUAACUUCCAGCUCGAGAUUCUUUUCAUUGGCGGCUGUGUACAAUUUGGCCAUAAUUGGUUUAAUAGUGGCAGAAAUAAAACCGUACAGAAGCCUAAAUAAAGAAGACAGAGGUAUAUUACCCGACGGUUUAGGGAAGACUGCUGAUAUAGGUUAUAUUCUAUCGCUUGGCGUUCAUCGAAAGCAUCGACGUAACGGUAUUGGGUCGCUGCUGUUAGAUUCGUUGAUUAAUCAUUUGACGACAGCUGAAAGGCAAUCGGUUAAAGCAAUAUUCCUCCAUGUGUUGACAACAAAUGAACCUGCCAUACUAUUUUAUGAAAAACGAAGAUUUACUCUUCAUUCUUUCCUGCCGUAUUACUAUCACAUUAGAGGUAAAGGACAAAGGGAUGGUUUUACCUAUGUCACAUACAUUAACGGUGGUCAUCAACCGUGGACAAUACUGGAUCAUCUCAGGCAUUACGCAUCAAAGCUAUGUUGGAUUGGUGAAAUUUUCAAAUGGCUCGUAAUGCGAGUAAGACAAGCGAUACGAUGGAUUUGUCAUAAAACGGUAUCACGAUUUAACUUUGCACCUUGAAAUUAUCACAAUAUCCAAGGAAUACCAAGAAGCCCGUCUUAAGUCUUCAAUAAAAUACAUAUGUACAAUACUUUAACACAUGCUUAGGUCAAGAUUAUAGUAGAAAUGAGAAUAACCUUGUUAUUGUUUUUUAAAUAACAAAAAAUUUAGUAUUCUAAGUAAAUCGCGUACAUAUAUAUGUAAAGUCAUAAAAAAACUGGUGAUAAUGUUAAUUUCGCAGGAAAUCAAUUAUACUUUGUUAAAGCUUUUUGUUAUCUUUUAUUUGUUUUAAAUUAAUAUUCUUGUUUAAAUGUUAGGAAUACGGCAGUUAUAUACUUUAGUUCAUUUUCUAUAAUUAUUAUUAGUAUUAUCAGGUAAUUAAUAAGAUAACUAAAACUUCGAAACGAUUAUAUAUAGUUAAGGGAUGUGAACAUGUGUCCAUUUGUAUUUUAAUUCACAGACAUGCCGAACAAAAAAAAAAAAACUUUUUAUAUACACAUACGUGCGCAUACAUACAUAUUAAUUAACAUCUACUUUUCUAUUCUACUUCAAGUCCAAAUUUUUUUUUUUUUUUUUGCUACUUUUAUAACUUAUUUUUAUUAUUGAUAUAUAUCACUGAGAAUAUUUUGUGUUUUAUAUUUACCUCAACAAAAUGCGAUUGUUUAUCAAGCCUUUCGUAAUGCAAAAUGUGGAAAGUUCGGUUUCAGCCGAAAAAUUUUAAUAGAAUUAUCAAAUAACCUGUACAGUAUCGAAAUUUAAAUGUAAUUAAUUUGUU